GCAGUGCGCCUCGGAGUCACUCAGCCACCAGCUGACAGGGGAGCACCUGCUGAGGGCAAAGUCGGUCGGACUCUUGUUGGGCUUCGGGUCAGGUGCCCGCCGGGACGGCCAGCUGGAAAGUGAGGCAACGCCGAGACCCGCGGCACCUGCUUAGCCAGAGCAACCACGGAGAGGAGAGCCAGGGGGAAGUCAGGCGAGCUGCGAGAUCAGCUUGCCUUCCCGACGGGGUAGCGAGCACCCCCGCCAUUUUGAGACGGACCCCACGGCAAGGCUCACCUCGCCAUCUUAAGGGCAGCCCCGCAGCCUUCGAGGGUGAGGGGGACGUGGCCUGUAUUGGCUCCGCCUGCCGCCAGGCUGGUUACGAGCCAGACCGCGCCUUUCAUCCCCUCCUAGCUCAGGUAUCAGGUGAAACUGGUCAGGCGUGCGGGAGAGGCAUAGGUGGCCGGAGUGCGGUGAGAGGAUGGCUAGGCGCCACGGGAUGUGCCUGCUGCUACUGUUCUGUGCGUUGCUGGGAGUCGCCCUUCCUGCAGUUUCAGAGAGUGGUGGAACUGCCAUUUCAAAAGGAAGAAGUUUCGCUGGCCGGAAAGUUCCAGAUAAAAGUAAUGCCUCUGAAGAGUUAUAUGAAGUGGAUGCAGUAGCAGCGGAAGCCCUCACAGGAAAGCUGACUACAGUUUUUCUUCCCAUUGUCUAUGUCAUUGUCUUUAUCAUUGGUUUGCCAAGCAAUGCCAUGGCCCUCUGGGUCUUUUUUUUCAGAACAAAGAAGAAACACCCGGCUGUGAUUUAUAUGGUUAACCUGGCACUGGCAGACCUUCUUUUUGUUGUCUGGUUCCCACUGAAAAUUGCAUACCAUGUACAUGGCAAUAAUUGGCUUUUUGGGGAAGCUCUCUGCAAAGUACUUGUUGGAUUUUUCUAUGGAAAUAUGUACUGUUCCAUUCUCUUUAUGACAUGUCUCAGUGUGCAAAGAUAUUGGGUUGUAGUGAACCCCAUAGUGCAUUCAAGAAAGAAAUCUGAAAUUGCUUUGGGUAUCUCCCUUGCUAUUUGGAUACUGAUUUUGUUGGUCACCAUUCCAUUGUAUCGUGUUAAUCAGACAGCUUAUGUUUCAAAUCUUAACAUCACUACCUGCCAUGAUGUGUUGCCUGAAAAUGUUCUGGCUCAUGAUAUGUUCAACUAUUUCCUCUCACUUGCAAUUGGACUCUUCUUAAUCCCAGCUAUCAUCACUGCUGUGGCUUACAUACUAAUGAUUAAAAGUCUGAAUGCUUCUAUCUCAGACAUAAGCACAGGGAAGAAACGAAAAAGAGCAAUUAAACUCAUUAUUGUUGUCCUCUCCACAUACCUCAUCUGUUUUACGCCUAGCAAUGUGCUGCUUGUUGUGCACUAUUUGCUCCUCAAAACGUAUGGGCAGAGCUAUCUCUAUGUGUCGUACAUAACUGCACUGUGUCUUUCUACCUUGAACAGUUGUAUUGAUCCCUUCAUCUAUUACUACAUUUCAAAAGACUUCAGAGACAACCUUAAAAAUGCUCUUCUUUGUCGAAGUGUGAGAACUACACGGAGGAUGCAAGUGUCCCUUUCAUCCAGCAGACACCUCAAGAAAUCAAACUCUUAUUCUUCAAACUCAAAUGGGACCACUAAAUCAUCCUACUGAGUUUAAUCUUAGAGAAGUGAACUUUUGUUACUACAGCUGGAAAGAUGUAAGUACAACAAAGUUAUUUUGUACAGAAGAUUCUGAAGAAACAUCUCUGGGUUUUGAUUCCAUUCAAGCCUGGAUUUCAGAACUGUCAGCUGAACAGACUGUGUAGAAAUCAUAAGAAGAGAAGUCUUCCCACUAGACUGGAAAACAAUAUCAUUUCAGAUGCUCUGCAUAAAUGCUGCUGACCUGGAAGUCAGUUGCAGCUGAAGACAAGUUGUUAACAAGCAAAAUGUCAGUGAAAAGUUAUGUAGUCUUGCUAGUGUAUUUAAUUAACAGAGAGAUGUGUUUUGACUUUAGCUGUAAUGUAUUAUGCAGCUGAACAGACUGUAUGUAUAGGAUCUUGUUCUGAGUACCUGCUUACACCAAACCCUGCAGAGAGAAGGAAAAGAGAAUCCAUUUCACUAGCAUGGUGUAGACUGCUUAUUAUCAUUAUUAUAGUGUAAUGUUAGGUUUUUUCCAAGUCACAAAUGGUGUAAAGUAGUGUCACGGCAGAAGCCUGUGUGGUAUCCCAAUGAAUUGACAAGCAGAACUUGUCACCAGCUAGCACUGAGGUAAAAUGUUAGUUGAGAUUAUACGCUGUUACUUAAUGCUUGUGUUUAAGUACAUGAUCUUAAAUGGGGAUGUUUAACAAAGUUUUGUUAAGUAGCUAUUUGAUUUUUUUAUAUAAUGCGCCUUGUAUUUUUUUUUUAAGGUACCUUAAUAAGAUGUAUUUUCCUUUCUUAGUAACACAUUUGAGUGCUUCCCUUUGUGCUUUACAAACUGUUCAGAAUGCUGAGUAGUUCAGGUAACACAGAUAUAUUCCUUAGAGUGAGUGAAAAGUCUGACAACUGUAGGUGUACUGUCUAAAUGUGUUAAGUAAAAUGUACCUAAUAGUGCAUUCAGAUAAUUAAAAACAAAUUAUUCACAACUGUGGGGAGUAAUAACACAUAAACACAUUCAUGAGGUAGCAAACUUCAGCCACAGUGGAUUUCUGAAGUAUCCUAAGUCCUCUUCCCUCACCCGGAAUAUUUGUGCCUGUUUAAGAAUAUGGAAUCACAUAUGCUCUUAAUCUGAAGAGCUGGUGAUUAUAUUUUUGAUGAUGGGAUUUAGGAGUAAUUUUCAAUAUUACAUUCCUGAUAUGUUUCACAAGUUUGUACACUGAAUUUGCAUCCAAGUGACCUGUCUGAGAAUUAAGAAUAACUGGGUUCCUACAAGUACAAGGAAUCAGAAAAGUCAAAAAUGUACUGAGACAGCUGGUAGACAGAUGGGAAAUACUCAACGUUUUGAGUAAGGAGAGUAAGGAAGGGAAGGUAUUAACUGCAGCAAGAAUUUGGUGUCUUGUACAGCUUAACAGCCAUAAAUACUUUUUUUUUUCCCCUGUGUGGUGGUCAGUUCCUUCCCUUGUCUUAUUCUUUAGUUUCCAUGUUCUCCCCCUACUUCAAUAACAAAGAGUUGUUUUCUCUAAACGUAAUAAAGACUAAGACAUUAGUUCAACGUA